GUUGGAUAAAAUAUAUCCAAGCUAUAUUUAUAACUAGAAAAUCUGCUGUAUUGGACACAUAAAUAUUGGAAAAUUGAAAACAUUGUUGCAUUGCUGCAGUUUUUCCCGUUUCUAAAUAAUAAAAAAACAUUCUCGCCGAUUGGUGGAUUAUCGAGAAGUCAGUAUCGAUGUUUAUCCACCACUAGUUCCGCCUCCGCUUCGUUAAAGCUGUCGUUUUUUCUUUGUGCUUCAGAGUCGACAAGAUGGUUAAUUUCAUUUCUAUCUUUGGAAUCCUAACUGUUUUAGUUUUCGGUUUCUUUGUGUUUUGGAAACUCGGCAACGUUUUCCGAUGUGGAUUUAUUUAUGCACUGGAUUGCGUGCUCUACCGGGUCUGGCUGGCAAUCUACUGGCCACCGGAUGACUUUCACAGGGCGGCGGAUUGCCAUAGACACCCCUGCCAGGAGUGCCAGGCACAGCGUCUAGUGCAAAGAAUCGAACGGGCAAAAGCAAGUGUCUUUGUGAUCCUUCACACCACGUCACACAAAGGCCUGUGCAAGGCCCUAAUGCAGGCACAUCUACGCGGCCUUGAUGUGGGUAUUGUCGGACGGCCACAGGAGCUGACAGCACGUGACUUGAUGCUGAAGCAGCUCUUUACGUUUGGGCAAUCCGUACGUCAGAGCCCCUGGAUGCGUAUCAUCAAGUUCGCCAGCAUCGACAACAAGCACCAGUUUUUUCUUCUGGAUCCCGAAAUUCUAUUGCUUGUGCAAUACAGUCUGGUCCGUCGGAAUCGCUUUGGUGUACUUGAACUUUCCAAUGUAGCGCCUGCAGCUUGAUUUGUGAGUGUCCGGUGAACAAAUGAAUUAAUGUGGUGCAGAAACAAUAUCAGUUUAUAAAUAUAACCAAUGCAAAAGGAUAAG